AUGCUCAUCGCAUCACAUGCGCCGUCGCAUGCCCAUCGCAUCACAUGCCCAUCGCAUCACAUGCCCAUCGCAUCGCAUGCCCAUCGCAUCGCAUGCCCAUCGCAUCGCAUGCCCAUCGCAUCGCAUGCCCAUCGCAUCGUAUGCCCAUCGCAUCACAUGUCCAUCGCAUCACAUGGGCCAUCGCAUCGCAUGCCCAUCGCAUCGCAUGCCCAUCGCAUCGCAUGCCCAUCGCAUCGCAUGCCCAUCGCAUCGCAUGCCCAUCGCAUCACAUGCCCAUCGCAUCACAUGCCCAUCGCAUCACAUGCUCCUGCACCGCAAGCUUCAUCUGCUGCUGCUCCCCCCCAGCCCUCCCGACCGCCGUCGUGGGACAUCAAUGUGGAGCGCACGUGCAGCAACAAGGGGUGUGGCGCCAAGUACCGGGAGAUUGACAACAGCGAUGGCGCCUGCAAGCACCACCCAGGGCCUGCUGUUUUCCGCGACAGAAAGCGAGGGUGGCAAUGCUGCGGCGUAUUUGUGAACGAUUUUGACGAGUUCAUUGCCGUGCUGCCAUGUGCUACUGGCUGGCACUCUGACGAGGUGUAG